GAAGUCCAGCAUCAACACUGAUUGGUUGUUAUUAGGCGUUGUUGUUGUCGUGUUCGGUACAAAAACGCAGAACGUGAUGGCAUAUUGAGAAAGUGAUUUGAUCAGCUAAACUUGUUUGUCAUGGUAGUAAAACACUGUCCAAGCUGUAAUAAUACGUUAGCUGUUGCUUGUAAGACUUGCCCUGCAUGUGGUUACGUUUUUCAAGCCAAGAAGCCUUUAACAGCCAAAUCGAGUGACAGGAAACCAGUUGUAUUGGGUGAACGCCUUCGUCCAGAAAGAAGUAAGAAAGAAGUGCAAAAAGGAAACGAUUAUCUGUAUCACAAUGCAACUGUACAUGGAGGUGAUUUAAAAAAAGAAACGGAGGUUGUGCUAACUAGUACAGAUUCGUUAAUGGAUUAUCAACAUCAAGCAAGAAAGCAAGCUAAAACGGAAAGUGUCAAGGCAACUGUAAGUGCAUCUAUUAGAUGUCCUAAAUGCUAAUGAUUUAAUUAAACACGCAUCUCAUACCUUCGGAUAGUUAAGAAAAAUGACAACAAAAAUUCCUUUUACUAGACAGGGCUCUUGAAAGACACAAAGCCGAAGCCGAAAAAAUUAGGUAGUGGAACAUUUAUUUGCUCUUAGUGGCAAAUAGCCAAUCGGAACAACAUUUAAGUGUACAACAGUCAAUACCCCAUCAUUCAACCUUUUGGGUCUUAAUUAAACAUCAUGCCACAAAGACUGAACGGUUCUCAACAUCACUGAACAAAUUUAGUUGGGUGGCCAGAGGGAAUGGAACAUUUGACUAAGCAACCAUAUUUAGUGCUGUUCAAUCAGAAGCUCUGCUCGUUUGGUCAUGGCUCAAGACAAAUCUGAGUCAAAUAUUUCAGACUGAAUCUCCGUUUUUUUUUUCAUGAAGUACAUACGCGGUUGUAGGCCAAAUGCCAAUAUUUUAGCAUGUUGGUGUAAACGUUGCCGUAAAUAGUUCAUGUCUUAGGACAUGGCUGAAAUUUUUAAUUAAUCACAAUUUGCUUACGUGGUAUAAAAUGGUUAUGACAUCUGAUUAAUUUCUUAUUGAUAUGACAUUACUUUAGGCAUGACCACUUGAGUCCGUCUCGCAAAAUUGAACCAAUCAUUUUCUUGCUUCAACUUAAAAAUGAGACCAUUGCCAACUUUGCACACUUCUCCAAAGACUUUGACGUUUCAGUGGUUAAAGAACCGGUCCGAUCUUGCUUUGAAUGAUUUUUAUCACAUUAGUUUUAGAAUUUUCCUACUUUCAGUUUGAGAAUACCUUGAAAUGAUUUCAUUUGAACUUCAAAAAUGUUAAAAGAUACAAUUUGAUGUAGAAUAUGGCUACGCAAAGCAUUUAAAGUAAUUGCCCUUCAGUCCUAAUGGAAAUAUAUUUUCUAGAUGAAAUUACCAAUCAUGCCAGAUUUGCACAGACUCAAACACUGCGCAAUGUUUUCUCUGAUCAACAACAGCUCAUAUUUAUUGUGUUGGCAGAACGUUCGGUUAAGAACUCAGAACUGCAUAUCAUCUAUCAUGGCACAUCAGAUGAUAAUUGUACCAAGGUGAUUCACCUUGUUGGCUGAUUUUUCCCCAUUCCUUUCAUAUUUGACAAAACAGUGUGUGUAUUAAAGGAGAACUGACACGCAAAAAUAACUUUGGCUUAUUCGAUGCAAAAUUUGUUGCUGACUUCAAAUCUGGAAAAAGUUUUCUUCUAAGAUUCGCCCUUUUUCUGAUAUUUGCACUUUUAUCCGUCAAAUACGUCACAGCCAGGACUCGGGAAUUUCCCGAAGCGGAAACAGGAUUAUCGCCAGGAGUUGUUAAAAUUCUCGGUUGACGUCACAAGUGACAUGUUAACAAUGCCGUUGUAAAGGCUUUCACCGCAACGGUGAAGGUACAAAUGAAGUUUCGUGUUUUAUUGAAAAUAGUCCGCGUUGAAAAGACAAAAAAUUGUCAGGCAUUUCAUUUAUAAGUAUAAAGAAACUAAAAAAUCCUAGCUACAUGUCUGCUAGGACGCUAAUAUCCACAUGAAAUUUAUUUUUAUGCCAUGAUAUCUUCGAACCAGCAUGCUUUGAAACAUUGAAAGAACCUCUAAGCUUGUGAAAAAAGAGUAGACUUUGUUUGAAAACUGAUACCGUUUCUUCAAAGUUUUUAAUUUUAUAAUUACAAAUAAAAUCGCAACAUGGGGGAGGUGGUAGGUUGAAGCAAUAGCAAAAAGACGAACGAAAUCUAGUGGAGACAGCGGUAAAAGCGAUCCUGCAACCUGCUUUGGGUGCAGAAAUAUGAAUUCAAGAAAAAAUCUUGGUUGCUGGGAGCUGCGAGUGUGACUAAAUAAUAAUUUCACUGAACUUGAUUAUUGUAACAGAGGUUGAGAUACUAGGGAAUAAUCUGGUCUUGCAAAAAGACCUUCCCCCACCCAAGUCAAAAUUGCUUGCAAAAGAAGAUAAUGCGCCAGUUGAUAUUCCUAUGACAGCUAAACAGCAUUUUCUUUGACUAAGAUAAGAAAUAAAGUUCUUUGACUAAGAGCUAAGAGCCUAUUCCGUAAAUCCAGAUUUUUCGACUGCCAGGUAACUCAUCAGUUCCCGAAACCCUUCACGCCCGGUGAAAAUGGCAUAUAAUCCGCACAAGUCGACUUUUAACCCUCCUUUACUAUUUAAUAUCACGAUACAGUUAAUGCGUUUGAAGCAUUGAAAAACAAUAAUAGAAUGUCACAUUGAUAAUGAAUAACUUGCAGUUCCGUUUAGGGCAUCAUAGGCAUUUCAGCGAAUUAGGCCUCACAGACAAAGCAGUCUGGACAAAGACCCCUCAAUCUGAAAUGAAAUUCUAGUUUUAGGAUACCUGAUCUCAUUUAGAUUGUAGCAAUAGCAUUUUUUUUAAUAGAAAUUCCAUAUCAGUUUGUAAUUCCAGUCUGUACUUUGUUCAUAACAUCGUCACUGUUGAGCCAUGGGACGACUGUCUGCCCAAGCGGCGGCGCUGGUUGGUAGCAAAAACUCAGACGGCUGAAAUUUUCCAUUUGUUUCGAAAUCAGUGUAAUAAAACUCGGAUUCAGAGUCCCGAACCAUUGAAAAAGUCAAUUAUGUGUCAAAAAUGCAAAAUUAGCUCCUUUCAAAUGCACAAAAUAAAGAUUUGUCCGCAGCAUUUUCUUAAAGGUUUCUAUAGAGAAACACAAUACGUGCUGAGAACAUGUCACUUGUGACGUCAAAGAUGAUCGCUCACUCGUGACGAUUUUCGCCUCGAGUCUCAAGUUGUCGGAGUAAUUGUCGUUUCUCAACUUAAAACGCCUGUAUUUCGAAAACGGUAACUAUGAUUAUUAAAAAUUUUUCGAUCCCGGAAUUUGCUUGUCACAAGCUACCGUUUUAGCCAAACUUAUUUUUGCGUGUCAGUUCUCCUUUAAAGGCAGUCUGUCCCCUCCGUGAUUGGCUAAUCCUAACUUGAAGGUCGUCUUCUGCUUUUUUAGCAUCCCAAAUUAGUUAUUGUAGGUGGACACGAUAAAAAUGCUAAUCUUUAUAUGAUCGAAACUGACUUGGACAUUUGUCACCAAAUCAAAACUCACUGCUACGCGCUCAUAGAGAAUACGCUUUGUUGGUCCUUUACACCGACUAGCAAUUUGCGCAUUAAACCAACGAUGCAUGAAUAUUGCGACCACGGAAAAAAUUUUGAAAACACUGAGGAACAGACUCGGCUGUCUUUAAGAUCAUUGCGCUAUUUAGCCGAAAUUUGAAGAAGAAAUCAGGUACUGGCGGUACACUAGCUGUUCAAGACUAGCCUGUGUUCCAGACCCCUAACUUGAAAGUAGAGGUCUUGGGCACAGGCUAUUCAAGACACGCAUCUUCGAACCCGAUACUAGACAUAUUCCACUUAAUUUUGUCCAUAAAGUUUUAUAUCUUGUUGGGUCUUUACAAGACAAACAAAGUUCGACAAAAAAAGUAUUUUAUAUUUAAACCAGGUGUAGGUGUUUGUUUGGUUACUUGUCAUAAUUUCCUUAAAAAAAUUCUUAAUCUUCUUCUUUUUUUAUAUAUAUUUGUUGUUUUUGUGUACUUACCCGUGGGCAGGGAUAUUUAGAACGCAAGCAAUAAUGAAAUCUGUUAAACUGUAUUUGAGCAGGGACUUUCCUGAUAUUUUUUAUUUUUGAUACAUUCGGAAAUCUGACGAGCAAACACCAUUGCUAUAAGCAUCGAAAGUAAACGUUUAAUGCCUUUGAAGCUACAAACACAAGAGUGUGCAAUUAGCCAAAUCGCAGUACCUCAUCUGCUCGUACAUCGACGCCACUAAAGCCAUUCACAGAACCACCGGCAGUACGCUAUUAUUAUUCCUACCAUCCUACCAUGAUGCAACCAAAGUUUUGUCACAUCAUUCCAGCACUAACCACUACCACCAACACUUCCUCACAUCACCCACAACUCCUUAAGGCGGGUUCUGCUAUUCAGGCGAUUCAGGCGAUUCAGGUCACGCGAUCGCGCGACUGCUGUUCUGGGCAUGCGCAUUAAACCCAUUGGCAGUGAUUCCCCUUUGCACUGGCGAUCGCGCGAUCGCUUUUGGGAGUUGAAUAGAUUUUAACUUUUCUGCGACCAGAUUAUCAAGAACCAAUUAGAUGUUUUGUUUUCUUGUCUGGUUUACGUAAAAUGCCUCCUGUCUUGUUUUCUUU